CCGCUGCCGCCGGUGGUGCGCGAGGGGCGCUGGCCCGUGCGGGUUCGAUCCGACUGGGCGGAGGUGAUGCGCGGCAGGGACUACCAGUCCCGCGCAGCCUGGAUGCUGCUGCUGCCGCCCUCGCUGGUGCUGCCGUUGAUGCAGCGCGCAGGGGUGCUGCCGUCUGACUUGGCUGGCGGAGGUGGCGGAAGCGGAGGCGAUCGUACGGUAACGGUGACGCUGACUCUCUGGUUGGGAGAGCCGUCGUACAAGCCAGCCUUUCGUGUGGUGGCAGCGCCGCUGCUGCUGCCUCGCAUGCCGAAAUCCUCGGAGCCCCGGUCACCGCCUCCACCGCUGACGCCGUUCCAUCCGCUAACGCUGCCAGACCAGCAGCACCUGCCGCUGCUCCUGCCGCUUCACCUGCC